AUGCAAUCUUUUGGCGAUGACACUCUAUUCGCCUGUAUAAAUAUCGAAAAGAGUCACGGAAUUCUACAAGAACAAAUUAAAGGUAAAGUUUCGUAGAAAGAGAACGUUGAUCUGGGUAAAUAUUUCAAAUCAAACUUAUUGCUUUCAGGAUACGCAAACAAGAAUAACGAUAAACCGAAACUAUCUGAUUUUUCACAUGAUACGAAAAAGAUAGAAGAGAGGAACACGUCUGACUUUGUCAAGUAUUUCGAGGAUAGUAUUUUUUCCCAAAUCCAAAAUAGCAGAAAAAGUUUAUCAUCUGCCGCUAAUGUUUUGAGAGGUGACAAGAUCUUAUUAUCCCAAAGAAAUCGGAGUCCUCGUGAAACAAGCAAAAAGAAUGUUAAUACAAUCGAUUUAAAAGAAAAAUAUCUAUCGGAUAACGCAGAGAAAUAUGAUAAAUCUAGUACUCAAGAUCUGUAUAAAAAUAAGUCUAAUAAUAUACAAGAUGCAACAGGUAGUAGCAAUGUCAAAAUUUCAUCGGGUAUUUAUACUACAUGUGAUGGAGAAAAUUCUGAAUUUAUUAUUUCGACUCCACCUGUCUGUACUCAGGACCGUUGUAAACUGGCAUCAUGGGGUUUGCCACCAAGUAUUCUUCAGAGAUAUAUUGUUCAUGGAGUAGAAUCUAUGUUUGCAUGGCAAGUGGAGUGCUUAUCAAAUCAGCAAGUAAUGCAAAAGGGAAAGAAUCUUGUAUAUUCUGCACCUACGUCUGCAGGGAAGACUCUAGUUGCUGAAAUUCUUUUAAUUAAGACUGUUUUAGAAAGAAAGAAAAAAGUGAUCUUUAUUUUGCCAUUUGUUUCUGUAGUUAGAGAGAAAAUGUAUUACUUUCAAGAUUUGUUAUCCGACAUCGGAAUAAGAGUGGAGGGAUUUAUGGGAGGAAGUACUCCACCCGGUGGAUUUGCUGCUACGCAGGUAGCAAUAGCUACUAUAGAAAAGGCAAAUUCUUUAGUAAAUCGUUUAAUGGAAGAAGACGACUUAGAUAGUUUAGGAGCUGUGAUAAUAGAUGAAUUACAUCUACUCGGUGAUCCUAAUCGUGGUUACCUUUUAGAAUUACUUCUAACAAAGUUGAAAUAUAUGACUCUCCAUAAUAAUGACAUUAAUAUACAACUGAUAGGUAUGUCGGCCACAUUGCCAAACUUACCUCUAUUAGCCAAAUGGCUAAAUGCCGAGCUAUACAAGACUGAAUUUCGGCCUAUACCUUUGAAUGAAUAUUGCAAGAUAGGAGCGAAUAUAUAUGACAAUAAAUUGAAUCUUGUCAGAACAUUAACAGAAUUACAGGAAUUAGAAACAGAUGUAGAUAAUAUUCUACAGCUUUGUAUUGAGACAAUAAGUGCAGGUCAUAGCGUUUUAAUUUUUUGUCCUACAAAGAAAUGGUGUGAAAAAUUGGCAGAACAAAUUGCUACAGCCAUUUUCAAGUUAGGUUGUGAAAAUACAAAACUUGGUGAAGUGUUAAAAAAAGAAAUCAAUCCUACAUUAAUCCUCGAAACUCUGGAACAGUUAAAACGUAGUCCAAGUGGCUUGGACAACGUUUUAAAAAAUACUAUUUCAUUCGGCAUUGCGUUUCAUCAUGCAGGACUCACGAUGGACGAACGUGAUAUCAUAGAGGGAUCUUUCAGGACAGGAUCCUUGAGAGUUCUUAUAGCAACAUCAACAUUAAGCAGUGGAGUGAAUUUACCUGCACGAAGGGUAAUCAUAAGAUCACCUCUAUUUGGAGGCAAUCUACUGAACACUUUAACUUACAAACAAAUGAUAGGACGUGCUGGUCGUAUGGGAAAAGAUAGCGCAGGAGAAAGUAUAUUAAUAUGUAAAUCGAAUGAACGUAACGCAGCUACAUCAUUACUCUCUGCAAUCCUGGAUCCAAUUGAAUCUUGUCUCAAUGAUUCUGCACUAUUAAUAAGAGCGCUCUUAGAAGCAGUAGCUAGCGAAGUUUUGUACACACAUAAAGAUUUAGAACUGUAUAUUAACUGUACUUUAUUAAGUUUGAGUGAAGAAUCUGAUGUGCGAACUUUUUCCAAUGAAGCAAUGAAAUUCUUACUGGAUAAUGAAUUUCUAUUAUUACAAACUACGGAACGAGAAUCCAGGUGGAUAGCAACGCCACUUGGAAAAGCAUGUUUGGCCGCAUCUGUACCUCCCAGAGAAGGAUUGUUUCUGUUUGAAGAGUUACAGAAAGCACGAAAGUGUUUUGUUUUGGACACGGAAUUGCACAUAAUAUAUUUGGUAACACCACUUUCGUCCGGAUGUCAAAUUGGGACUGUCGAUUGGAUGACGUUUCAUGAAAUGUGGAAUACCAUAUCCGAAAGCGAACGCAGAGUUGGAAAACUCGUUGGAGUUGAAGAACGUUUCGUAUUGUCAGCUAUUAGAGGAAUUAUUAAAUCUGGAAAGACGUUAAAUAUACAUAAGAGAUUCUACAGCGCAUUGGCAUUACAUGAUUUGGUAAGAGAGGUACCACUUCAUGUGGUUUGUAAAAAAUAUGGAUGUUGUCGCGGAGUAUUGCAAACCUUACAGCAGUCCGCUGCCACAUACGCGGGUAUGGUUACACAAUUUUGCAAGCAAUUAGGUUGGGAUUGCAUGGAAUUAUUGAUGAGUCAGUUUCAAACGAGAUUGCAAUUCGGCGUCUGCAGGGAAUUGCUAGAUUUGCUGCGCUUGCCGAUGUUAAACGGUUUGCGAGCAAGAAGUUUAUAUAAACAAGGAAUAAAAACUGUAAUAGAUUUGGCCAUUGCCAAUGAACUUAACGUUGAACGCGCGCUUUACAAUGCUCUUCCUUUUGAAAGCGAAAAAGAAUGCGAAGGAGAAUAUGCAUUUGAAGUAGAAAAGAGAAAUAAAAUGAGAACAGUAUUUGUCACUGGAAGAGAUGGUCUCACACCUCAACAAGCUGCGAUUUUGUUAGUUCAAGAGGCACGAUCAUUUGUUCAAAAAGAAUUGGGACUGGAACAACUGCCAUGGGAACAGAAUGAACAAUCUCUGCAAGUAAAUACAUACGUCAAAGAUGAUGAAGAUAAAUCUGACAUAAAGGAACAAAUUCAGGCGGAUUUGGAUAUAGAGAACUCAAAAUCUAUGGAAAUAAAAACAUCUAUCAUAAAAAAGUCAGCAUAUAGAAAUCCUACGAGUAGCGAGAAUAAGAAAAAUGAUGAUUCGAUACCUAAUGUAUGUAAAGAAAUCAAUGCUUCCGAUAAAAAAGAAAUAGUUGAAUUGAACGAUCAACAGUUAAAUAAAACUAUUUUGUCACCUGAAGUUUCAGAAAAAAAUAAAGAUUCAUCUACUUUUCUCAAUCUAAGUUCUCCUGAUAUAAACUAUGAACAUUUAGAUAUUUACGAAGAAAAAAAAAUUCUUAUGACUGAUAUUAAGCCAAAGAGAAAUCACGAAUGUUUAGAAACAAUCAGUUCGAUAAAUAAUAAUUCACUCAAUAAAAGGUUCAAACCUUCCAGCACGAAUGAAAUAAAAAAUAAUGAAUAUUUAACAGACAAAAACAUAAAUAUAUCUAUUAUGGAUCGAAAUGCUAAAUUGUCAUAUUCAAGAAGUCCUAGCUUGUUCGAUGACAGUUUGAAUCUUGACACUCAAAUAUGCAAUAUUCUCGAACAAAAUGUCAUGAAUAUCGCGCAUCUGUCGGAAUUAGAAUCUAAAGCAAACGAAUUGGAUGCCUUAAAUGCGCCACAAAAAAACCUCAAGUUCAAAUACAUAAACUCAAAUUCAAAUACUGGCAAUGUGGAAUCGCAUGAAGUAAAUAACAAAGAUGUCAAAGAUACAGACAUAAGUAAUUUAAAAUUGAGAAACAGUGUAAUAUCGUGGGUUGACGAUUCGUGGAACAAUUCCGAGGGAUUGUUAAAACAGAUUGCUCACAAUCAAAAUAUAAUCCAAUCUAAAAAAGAAAUAUCCAAUCCCAAAAUUAAAGACAUUGUAAAUACAAAUAUAUCUAUUACGCCAAAAAAUGCGAAAACUUGCAUGCAAAAUAAUAAAGAAGGCAUACGUAGGACAAAUGUUAAAAAAUUUACUACAAUUAAGGAAAAAAUAUCACGUAAACCUAAAUUGUCAAAAGUAACAGAAGUAGACUCUCCUGUGGCAAAUAUAACUGUUUUCAGAAAAGAACGGAAGACGUCCGCGGAUUCAAACAAAUCCGACUCGGACGAUUUUAUUGUUGGCUCGCAGCACUUUGAAUCUCCGUUUAGUAGUAAUAAAAAUCGAACGAGGACGACGUUGGAGAAAAUACGUAAACUUCGAUCACAGAAACUUGUCGAGAAUACAAUAGAAGAAAUAAAUAAUCAUUUAAAUUCCCCUAUAAAAAAAUUAUCAAAUGAGAUAGUGGAGGUUCAAAUAAAAGAAGAAGAAUGUAAAGCGAAAGCAGACGUAAAAGAAACUUUAGCACAAAAUUUUUUAUUCUCUGCGAAUUGUAGUGCAGAUAGCAUUAUAUGUAAUUCUGAAGAUGAAGCGUUGAAUAAUUCGAAAUUAGCUUUUAAGAGAAAGCAACAUGAGAUGCAAUCGAAUAAAAAUGUAAAAUCGAAGAUAGAAGUCACAUUAUCUGAUAACAAGAAAGAUUUGUUGAACGAAACGAUAGAUUGGAAUAUAUUGAAUAUUGUGAAAGUUGCGAAUAAUAGGGCAACUUUUAAUUUAUUCAAACGCGAAAUAUCAAAGAAGCGAAAUAUUGCAUUAGCCUUACAUUGUGACAUAUACGUAGAAAAUACGAAUAACAUAGGCUCUAAAAUCUGUGUCUCCAGCACAGAAGGAAAACACAAGUCCAAAAGGUUUGGAAAUUAUACGUAUGGAAAUAAAGAAAUUCGCGGUGUUGCAAUAUCCUGGGAAAAAAAUAUCGCUUAUUAUAUCUCCUUUAGUAACACACAAGAAUCAAAAGUUUCUGGAAAAGAACAAAUGGCUCUAUUAAAAGAAUUAUUUUAUGAUACAACUUUGUACAUAAAAUGUUUCGCAAUAAAGGACGUAUAUAAACUUUUAUAUCAGUGCUGUGGAAUCACCGCCAAGUGUAGAUUUCUUGAUCCUGUGAUUGCCCAUUGGUUGUACACUAAUGAUUUCGAAACAAAAUUCAGUGAUAUCGUAAUGCAGUAUUUUCCCCAAGGAAACUUUAUAAUGAAACGUACAAAAUCUUAUUACAAUGUGGGCCCCGGGAUGGAUGUGCAAAAUUCUUUACCAGGCGAGUUCAGGUCAGCAGCAGAAGCUGUGCUUACAUGGCACAUGAUGGAUAAUGUCAUGAAUAAAUUAGAAGAACUUAAUCCUACUCUACUUUAUACAUUUAGAGAAAUAGAAAUGAAAAUCAUGACAAUUUUAGCUUGUAUGGAAUUAUCAGGCAUCGGUGUGAAUUUAAAAUCUUUACAAGAAUUAUCAACAGUUAUCUCAAAUGAAAUGCAAUCUUUAGAAAUUAAAGCUUUCGAUUUGGCAGGUAGAAAAUUUAAUUUUUCGUCAUCCAAGGAAGUUGGCCAGGUAUUAGGAUUAUAUAAAGAUAAAAAGAUCAGUACAAGCAAGGCUGUUUUGGAAAAAUGUGAUAAUCCGAUAUCAAACUUGGUGAUUUCUUGGCGAAAAUUAAGCGCAACUAGAACAAAAAUGAUUUAUCCGUUAUUGAACUUGGGCCAAGACGAUUCUCGUAUUCAUGGUAAUUGUAUCACUUGCACAGUAACAGGAAGAGUCUCAAUGCAUGAACCAAAUUUGCAAAAUGUACCGAAGGAUUUUAGUUUCGCGGAUAAUAAUCUCGUUGUAAGCGUAAGAAUGGCAUUUGUACCAGCUCUAGGCAAUAUAAUGCUAUCCGUCGAUUAUUGCCAACUCGAAUUACGUCUUUUAACUCAUUUCUCGCAAGAUUCGAUACUGUGCAAAAUUAUGAGACAACAGGGUGAUAUCUUUAAAAAUAUUGCUGCCAAAUGGAAUAAUGUAACAGAAGAAGAGGUAACUAAUGAAAUGCGUCAGCGUACCAAGCAAUUAUGUUAUGGUAUGAUUUACGGUAUGGGGGUGAAGUCAUUAGCUGAAAAUCUGUGUAUAAGUGAACCAGAAGCUCAGGAAUUUUUAGAAUCUUUUAUGAGUACGUAUUCUGGAAUAUAUAAAUGGUUAAAUGAUGUAUUAGAAGAAGCGCAUCGCGAUGGGUACAUAACAACAUUACUCGGAAGACGUAGACAGUUUCCGGAUUUAAAAAGCGCAAAAUCAUCUGUAAGAGCACAAGCAGAACGGCAAGCAGUAAAUACAAAAGUACAAGGCUCUGCUGCAGACAUAGUCAAGAAAGCUAUGAUAAGUAUAGAGGAAAGGAUAAGAAGUUCUUUUCCGGAUUCGGCUAUGAUAUUUCCUGAGGUGCAUGCUACUCGCAGAUUACGAAGCAAUAUACAACAAAGGGGUGGUUAUUUGGUUUUACAAUUACAUGAUGAAUUAUUAUAUGAAGUAAAUUUAGCAGAUUUAAAGGAAGUUGCUGCUAUCAUCAAAGAAUCAACGGAAAAUGUAUGUCAACUUACUGUGCCAUUGCCAGUAAAAAUUAGAGUUGGACCCGCAUGGGGCGAAUUAAGUGAUUAUCAGUUUUAGCGUUUUUAAUCAAGCAUUAAGUAUUUUUUUCUAAAUCGAUAUUUCUAUAUUUUUUUAAUAAUUGAUCACGGUUAAAUUAUUUAUAGAUCAUACAAUAAUAGAUAUUUUAUGUAGUUAUCUUUUAUCUUUAUAAUAAUUGUAAAUACUCGAUUGUUUAUCUUAAUUUAUAUUAUAUAUAUUAUUUUUACGAGUGAUAGAUAUUUAAAAUCAAUGAAAAUUGUAAAUAGUUGAAAUGGAGUAUUUUUUGAUGAAGCACUAAUUAUCACUAAUUAUCAUUUUUAAAAACCAAUAUUUAAACUAUUUAAUAUAUUUUUACUUUAUAUCGUAUUGAAAUCUAUUUAAAUCAUGUUACUAUUUAAAAGUACUUUAUCUUCAUAUUUCUAUAAAUUGUAAAUAUUUUUAGUAUUUAUGUCAAUCCAUUUAUGUAUAUCAUCCACAUAAAAAAGAAAUAUGAAAAGUAAUGUAUAA